UGACUCUGCGUUCAGAAAUCAGCUCGAGCCCCGAAUUCCCACACACCCCAGACUGAGCUCUGCAGUAGCCAUGGCAACCGUCCUGCUGGGAAUGCUGGGAGUUUUGCUCUGUGCCCUCGCCGUUAGUUCAGAGGUCACGCCACAAGCUGACUUCGAUGUCAAGGGGGUGGCUGGGAAAUGGUACCUGAUUGGUUUCGCCACCAAUGCCGAGUGGUUUGUCAGCCGCAAAGCGAACAUGAAGAUGGGCAUCGCCAUGAUGACACCCAGUGAUGAAGGAGAUCUGGAGAUGGCAUAUUCCAGUCUCAAUCCUGAUGGCUCGUGCUGGAAGAUGAACCAUCUGGCUCAAAAGACGGAUAUCCCAGGGAAGUUCAGCUUCCGCAGUGAAGACUGGGAGACUGACAAUGACAUGCGUGUUGUUGAUGUGAAGUAUGAUGAAUAUGCUCUGAUCCACACCAUCAAGACCAAAGCAGACUCCACCACGCUUCUCAACAAACUCUACGGCCGAGCCCCAGACCUGAGCCAGGACGUCCUGGACAAGUUCACUCAGUUUUCUCUGGAGCAAGGCAUUCUGUCUGAGAACAUCGCCAUCCUGCCUAAAAAUGACGAGUGCCCUUGAUGUGAAGCUCUGUGAAUCCUGACUCAUUUAUUCUGACUGUAGUGAAUCUUUUAAGUGUUUCACUCUCUCACUAUCAGUGCUUUUACCUUCUUAAAGUGCUCUCCAUCCUUUCUUCUUAUUUCUUCACAAGACUGGACCAAUAAAAUCUUUUGUGAAUCUC